AUGUACGCCAUUAGAACAAAGAUUUUGAAUAAGGUCCAAUUUAGUAAACUUUUAGACUCCGAUGUGAUACGUUUGAGUUGCGAUGACUUUGAUAUUCACCUGGUCCCUGUUUAUCUGAGCUGUUCCUCCUGGGAGGGGGACCUGGAGAUUUUGAGGGAUGCCUUGGGUUAUACGCCUAGUUUAAGAUACAUCUUAAUGGGAAAUUUUAAUGCAAGGAUUGGUGAAGCUCAAUCCCUGACAGAGGAUCUUAUUCUUGAGAAUGAUAGGUGCUCUCACAGCAGAAAAUCCAAGGAUGGAAUCAUCAAUGCAAAUGGGAGAAGUUUUCUAGACUUUUGCAGCGAUUUUGGCCUUUUAGUCUCGAAUGGACGUUUUGACUCUGACUCCGAGGGGGAAUUGACCUAUUUAAGUACCGUUGGUUGCACAGUUAUCGAUUACUGUUGUGUCUCGUUGGAUUGCAUUUCCUUGAUAGAUGGGUUUUCUGUUUUGCCGGAAUAUUUUUCUGAUCAUCUUCCUCUGAGUUUGAGCCUCUCUUGCAGGACUUUAACGGAAAGGACACCUCCUGAGGAACUUCCUAAACUGUCCUGGAACCCUAAGUUUGCGGAGGUAUACAGAGAAAGGCUCGGGGGGUUAUUGCCUGAAAUGGAUUGCUGUGAAGAGAAUCAUCAGUUACGUUUGAAUGCACUUGUUGCUGCUAUAAAAUCGGCCUUCCCAAUCCCUAAUCCCGCUUUUUCUAUGCUUCGUGCUUAUAAAAACCCCUGGUUUGACAACCACUGUUGGAGACUUAGAGGGAAGUUGUUUGCACUUCUUAACUUAUUUCGUAAAUCAAGUGAUGAAAGUGUUUGCCGUGCUCUUCUACAUGCAAAACGUGAAUUCAAACAAUUAUGUUUAAUAAAGAAGAAAGAGUUUUACAUUUCGUCAUGCAAGCAAUUGGGCGCUGCUAGUGACUCUAGGGAGUUUUGGAGGUUGGCAAACAGUUUUAAAAGAGGGAGCUCGUGGAGCUCAAACAAUAUAUCUCUUCAGUCCUGGAAGUCAUAUUUUGAGUCACAGUUAAAUCCAUCCGUCCUCAUAAACCACAUUUCUUACUGCGAACCGUAUAUUUUGGACCCGUUUCUGGAUAGUCCUUUUUCAUACGACGAACUUAAGAGUGUCAUCUCUCAGUUGAAAAAUAAUAAGGCUCCUGGACAAGAGGGUGUUCCGUUUGAAUUUUACAAAAACGCCCCUGAUUCCUUUUUGAUCAAGUUAUUGUCUUUAUUUAACGCUAUUUAUGAAUCUGGGGUGGUCCCUUCAUCAUUCGGGAAAUCUAUCAUUUCUCCACUUUACAAGAAGGGUAACCGUGAUGAGGUUGCCAACUAUAGGGGAAUUUCUUGUAUAGAUUAG